GCCAGUAGUCUUGUACUCAAUGGUUGAGGACGGUGACGUGUUUGCUCUGUCAGUACUUACUUUUCUCCUCGUUCACUGCAACUUUAUAUUCACAUUCGUAUUAUCUCUCUGAGAAUUUAUUGAAUUAAACUUAAUAUGUCGUUGCACGUUGGUGUAUUUAUUGCUCUGUGCGCGUUACUACAGUGCACCACCGCUCUCUACUUUCAUAUUGGCGAGACAGAACGAAAAUGCUUCAUUGAAGAAAUCCCAGAUGAAACUACAGUUUUAGUUAACUAUAAAGUGGAGCUGUAUGAUCCAAGAAGUGGUGGAUUUAUGCCAAGUAGUCCUGGUAUUGGCAUGCAUGUGGAAGUCAGAGAUCCUGAUGACAAAUUAAUGCUUUCCAAAGUGUAUAGUUCUGAGGGACGCAUGUCUUUUACAUCAAAUACUCCUGGAGAGCAUGUAAUUUGUCUAUAUUCAAAUAGUACUGCGUGGUUCAGUGGUUCACAGCUGAGAGUACAUUUAGAUAUACAAGUUGGUGAACAUGCAAUUGAUUAUGCCAAUGUUGCACAAAAGGAAAAACUUUCUGAACUACAGUUAAGGAUUCGUCAACUUCUUGAUCAAGUAGAACAAAUUACCAAGGAACAGAAUUAUCAGAGGUAUCGUGAAGAAAGAUUCAGACAAACAUCUGAGAGCACCAACCAACGUGUUCUGUGGUGGUCUCUGACUCAAACAGUGAUUUUAUUGGUUAUGGGUGCUUGGCAGAUGAAACAUCUCAAGAGUUUCUUUGAAGCUAAGAAAUUAGUAUGAUUGCAUAUUGAUUGUAAAAUAAGACUCUUCAUUCAAUUAAGUCUAAUUUUGUGUUAUGGAAUUUCAAGUUACAAAAAAAAACACAAAUGUGUUUUGAACGAAAUCUACUUAUAAAUUUCCACUCCAUUUGUAAUAUACGUGAACAAAAAUAUAUAUGUGAAUAUACUGCGGUGUA